CACAUCGAUUAACGUCUACACUUUGCGUAUCGUCUUAUGAUCGACGACAGAAACCUACGACGACCAUACGAACACCCUACACAGUGAGCAACUACAAGUCUCCAUUAUCCAUACAAACUGCAAACAGCGUUUGUAGGACGGAGUUAAAUUUAUCGUGUCUGAUACCGUACAUCAAGAAGGGUCGUGAAAUGCGAAUAGAACGUUCUGUCAUGUAUAAAACACCCCAUAGAAAUGAUUCCCUUGAUCGAUCAACAAAAACCGCCCAACUAAAGACCAGAAAUUUGUCCAAUGUUAGACAACACCUUUUUAGCAGAGACAGUAUCAGUUCUCAAGAUGAUAUUUGCUUGGCCGAAGAAAGUAUUAACUUGACAGAUAUUUUGGAAAAGUUUGUAACUUCUUGCGCGACUUUAAAUACGACUAUAUCGAAAUCCCAUUCCGACAAAUCACACGACGAUGCGUCGAACAAAAGUAAAAUGUCGAUUACAAGAAUGACAAAGCCAUCGGUUGAAUCCAUUGAAAUUCAAUCGGAAAUAACAACUCGUCAAAUAGAUCAAUGUUCGAUCGGAGGAGGAGACGGGCCAUCGAUCGUUGAAACGUCAAAAAGUUACGGCGAUGUUUCAAGGCUUAAUCACGCUGCAGAAGUAACGUAAAAGAAAUUAUUUGGAGAUUAAGCAUAUAUAUAUGUCAUGUCGGGUUUUUAUGAUGUAGCAAGAACUUAAUGACUUAUUUUGUCAAGUUCCGAUUUCAGUGUACUCUUCGGAACAAAAAAUGUGAAAUAUAGUUAUUUGCAUUUAAAUCGUUAAAAUAAAAUGGCCUACAAUAUUUCUUAUAAAA